AUGAUUUCCAUCAUCACUCUCGUGGCCAACGCCCUGGCUUUCUUCGGGGGUUAUACUCUCCCGGACAACAUUCCCGAUGUUACCUGGAAUCUCCCCAUCAACCCUGCUAAUAAGAGCAGCGCUACCGUCAGCUUCACCGGCACCAUCGAGCAGGCCGUCGCCAAGAUGGAGAACGAUUACUCCGGCUGGAACGCCGGCCUCCUGGCCCAGUCUGCCGCCCAUCAUGCCGCCCACUCUGCCCCCUUCGGCGUAAAGGCCGAUUCCAGGCCCUUGCGCAUCAACUUCGACCCGGCCAACUGCACAAAUCCCAACUUCCCCCCUUUCUCCGCCGAUACCGCUCGCAUCCGUGAAGGGAUCCGGUACCUUUUGGGGGUUAGUGGCACAGCGAAGAAUGGCCCAGGACCCGAAAACUGUGGCCGUGUUAGCUGCUCAUACUAUUCUGCCAUCUACUGUGCAAUAACGCUGGCAUUACUCAUGUCAAAGGGAGUAAGAAAUAUUUGUGCUAGCAACUUCGAUGUAGACAGGGGUAUCGACGACCCAAACGACGACUUGGUUGUGGGACAGAUAGAGCGUACUGAUGAGAAGUGGCAUGUCGCCGUGGAUGUCGGUGGUUGCUGA